UUAUAUAAUUUUUAGAUACAAAUUCUCUAUACACUCGCUUUGGUUAAUUUUCAUUUUUGUGAUAAAAGAAACCGAAAACUCUGUUAAAGAACCAAAAGCCGCCUUCUUUUCAUUUGCCACUCUCUCUUUCUCUCUCACUUGUUCUUAGUUACAUCGUUUCUUGAUCUGGGUCUUCUUAUUUUUCUCAAUCAUCAACUGGGUUCUUUCUUUUCUCCUAUAAUUCAUCACAGGUAUGUGUUUUUCUAUCUGGGUUUAAACUUUAAAGUGUUCUUUUUCUGUGUUGAUCUGUCUGUCUGUCUGUCCGUACAGAACCAAGGAAAAGUCUUCUUAGAAUUUGGAGAGAGAACUCUUUCAACUUGAUCAGUCUAUGGAAGACCUCAACUUCACAACUUGUAAAGUAACCAUUGUCUCAGAUUUGAAGUAAUGGAUUGGUGUCUUAAGAGUGGCGGCGGUGGUAGUGGCGGCGGUGCUAAUGAUGAGUGUAUGGUUCCAGUUCAAAAAGGAAGAAGAAUAUUGCCAGAUAGACUUCCAUCACCUGAUAGAUGGUCGGAAUGGGGAAGAGUAGGUGAGUUUGAAACAUUUCAAACACAUUACAAAGAUGGUGAUUCUGAUCAAAAAUUCUAUGCUGAAGAAAAUUGCUUCAAUGGAACAGCUCAUCAUGAGAUGGAAGAAGAUAGUUUUUAUGAUAAGUAUCAAUCUACCAGUCCUACUAAUCAUCAGCUUGGCCUAGCAGAAUCCUCUCAGACUGAUGACAUGUUCUUUUCUUAUUUUUCUGAGAUGGAUAAUCAAGAGAGAUCCUAUUGUUUUUCGCCUAAAUCUCAAUGUGGUGGGAUAGAGUUCAAUAGAAAUUCCCUACAAGACAUGACUUCAGAUUCUAGAAAUACUUCAACUGAUUUUCCAAGUCUGCACCCAACAUAUCUUUCAACAUUUGACAUCGACGAUAACAAUGCCUCGAUGUUUGUUGUUCCUCGCAAUUUGCAGAAAAAUGAUUUCUUACCAGAUCAGGCAACUGGAAUGGAGUUCUCUGUCAAUUCUGAGAGUAGCAGCAUGACUAGGUCUGAUGAAGAGCCAUCCCCCGAAGAAACUGUACUGCAAGGACUUCAAUCAGUAACGAAACAGCUCAAUGUAAGUACUCGACUUUCACUCCGUGAUGCAUUGUAUCGCCUUGCAAAAAGCUCAGAAAAACGUCCCAUGAGACAGAAUCAAGAUGGAAACCACUGUGUGGAAAAUAAUUCUUUGUGGACUCCUGGCAUGGAAACAACAAGGUGUGGAACAAAUAAAGGAACUGAGACAGAGACCAACAUCAUUGACAGAGCUAUUGCGAACUUGAUGUUCAACAAAACCGAGUUGGACUACCAAGAUCUUACUGGUGCAACAUCCUCAAGCUCCAAAGACGAGGUUGAACCGUCAUCAUCUGAGUACCAAUCCUACACAUCUCAAUCUCAACAACAACAGCAGCAGCAUUCAAAUGUACUUGAUGAUUCUGACUUUCCAAUGUUAAUGUAUCCGGGCGGGGUGGAUAUGGAAAUGGAAAGCUUGAGUUGCGAUUUUUCAGGAAAUGGUGUUUGAGUUUAAAUCAUUGUUUUGAUGAUCAUGAUGAUGAUGAUGAUGGAUUUUAAGUGGCAUUUGAAUGCUUUUUUAUUAUUAUAUAUUUUGUUUGUAAAUAAUAAUAUCAUUAGUACUAGUAGCUAGCUAUAGUGGGCAAGAUUUAGAUACAAACUUGCUGUAUCAGUUUUGAUCCUGAAUCCAAAUUUUAGAUAAUCAAUAACUAAUCUCAGUCUCUUAUUAUAAUGAUGAUAAUAUAUGUUUCUCCAUUUGUUGA